GAGCUUUCAUCUCUUCUCUCCGUCUGUUGGCUGCUCACUGAUCAGUCCAUGGCUUCCUCUUCUUCCUUAUUAACUCCACAAGAAGGAGUUGGCGGUGAGGAACAAAGCGUGCUGCAGAAGCACGUUUCGUUCUUUGAUAGGAACAAAGAUGGUGUCAUUUACCCCUCCGAGACUUUCCAAGGGUUUCGAGCAAUUGGAUCUGGCGUCUUCGUCUCCAUUGCAAGUGCGGCUUUCAUUCACUUCAGCCUCAGUUUCAAAACUCGUCCUGGGAAAUUUCCUUCUCCACUGCUUCCCAUUGAAGUUAAGAACAUCAAACUUGGCAAACAUGGCAGCGACUCGGGAGUCUAUGAUCAGGAAGGAAGGUUCGUGGCUUCAAAAUUUGAAGAAAUAUUCAGCAAGCAUGCACACACGUAUCCAGAUGCUUUGACAGCUAAUGAAUUGAAAGAAAUGCUCAAAGAAAACAGAGCUCCAAGGGAUUAUCAAGGAUGGGUUGCAAGUGAGGCAGAAUGGAAGAUAUUAUAUAAGUUUGGGAAAGACAGGGAUGGUUUGCUGGAGAAAGACACAGUUCGAGCUGUUUAUGAUGGAACCCUCUUUCACCUCUUGGAGAAGCAACACAGUGCUCACAAAAAGAAGUGAAAAUUAAUUAAAUAUGCACUGAAUUAUUACAUGGUUAAUUAUUAAAUGAAAACACUUAUCCAUAUUUAAUUUCAUCUCUCAAAUUCAUUGUUUGUAUAUCAUUGUUAUUGAAUCUGUAUAUUUGAACUUGGAUUUUA